AUGUUUUGUUCUUCAACUAUAUCCAAGGAUAUCCCUCCGAAAUGCCGAAGGAAAACGACGCCUAUGCUUUUAACUGGGACAGAACUGAAAAGUAUUUUCAAGAGCUUUGACAGUAAUCUGGACGGGCGUCUCAGCAAGCAAGAGCUCAGGAAGGCCUUCGCUAGCCUAGGUUCUCAUAUACCAAGCUGGCGAGCUGGCCGAGGGCUUCAUCACGCUGAUGCUAACAGGGAUGGAUACAUUAGCGACGACGAGUUGGAUGAUCUUGUUGAAUACGCUUUGGAAUGUGCAAUGAAGCGAAAAAAUGAGAAGCAAAUAUUGCAAGUAUUCCAGGGAAGCGACCUGAAUGAGGACCAUCUACUCAAUGCAAGGGAGCUGACAAGAGCCUUUAGCCAGCUUGAUAAACCCCAGCUAUCUAGUCUCAGAGUCAACCAAGCUCUCCGCAAGGCCAUCAGAAAUGGUGACAAAUCCAUUGAUUCUAAUGAGCUGCCUGAUCUGGCGAAAUUUACUUCGUCUAUAUUGCGUUAG